CUUGACUUCCGACUCUCCACGCACCGUCAGCAGGCCCUUGAGCGUCCACGUAGUUGUCCCGAGUGUGGCGAUCGAAAUCGUGACAGGCACCGAAAGUGUUCGUUUUCGGAGGUCCUGGAGAAGUUCUCCCUGUUCGAUCGAAAAUGCAAGCCGACGAUGUCGUUCAACUGGUCUCUGGCCGUACACAAGGCGCAAAGAAGUUCAUCCGCCCGUUAAUGCGGAAAAUGAUAUCGCGACUCUUCACGGAUGAACCAUCAGCGCCACCAUUUGAGGAAGCAAGCGAGACAGUCGCCGAAGAAGUUCGUGAAGAAGCCGACAACGAGUCUAACGCCGAAGCCGGCCAACACGGACUUUGCGAGAAAUUCUGCAGGGCCGCUCUCGUCCACAUUUUUUUCCUCUUAUUGAUCCUCGCAAUCACAUUCAACUGGUCUGCCGCUGGUUCCGCCGUGGCACGGAAAACCUGUCUCUCCUACAAUAAGAGCACGGAUCCCUUCUGCGUGGCCUGGAACAAGACUUCUUGGAAUCGGACGCUCUCGUUGGACGGCAUGCUGACACGACACCACCGGCACAAGCAUCAGAGAAGUGAAGCUGAAGAUGCGGCCGAGCUCUAUCUCUUCUACCAGGGUCUGAUCGCUUUCGUUCCCCCCUCGAUCCUGGUUUUGUUUUUGGCGUCUUGCUGUGACGAGUUCUCCACUUUCAAAAUUCCCCUCCUGAUCAGCAUUACGGGCAGCGUGGUCACAACGAUCGCGAAUUUGGUCUCGUCUCUAUAUCCUAAAGCACCGCUAUUCUACGAUAUCCUCACUCCCCUCGCGGAAACUCUUUGUGGUGGACUCCCGCUCGCCCUGAUGUGCGUCUACGUCCACGUCGCCGCGAACGUGAGCCGCGCGAAAAGGACCGUUACCUUUUUUCUACUUCAAGUAGUCUUCAUGUUCGCAUUCGCCGUCGGACGUCUGGUCGCUAUUCUAGUCGUAGCCCAGUGGCACGACUGUCUCCCGAUAUUCGCGAUCGCGAUUUUCUUCUUCGGAACCUGUAUGCUCUAUUCGAUAUUCUUCGUGCACGACGUAGUUUUGGACGCUAGCGAAGACGAGCCGCGUGAACACCGAAGACACCGCGGGGGACAUGGCGCUCGAUCGGAUCCAGUAUUGCUUUCUACGCGACUCUUCAGCCACCAUCAUUUGUUCUCGUCGGUGAGGGGUCUCGUCCAGCAGAGGGUGCGAGGUACACGUUACGAGUUGGUGUUCCUGAUCGUCGUGAUCUUCUCUCUUGUAGCCACGACGCGAAGCUCCGUGUCGAGUUUCUUUCUCGACGCUGAUCCGGACAAUGCCAUCCUUGACAGCGUGAUAAUUAUUCUCACGUUAUUGAUCGUUAUGCCGGUUUUUGUGCUCAUUGUCAGAAUGAUACCAAUCGAUAGCAACUACACAAUAACUUUCAUCGGUCUUCUCUUCUUGACAAUUGGUCAAUCGCUUCAGUUCGCAACAAAUUCCCCCGCUCUGGGCCACGUUCGACAGGUUCUCCAUACGAUUUCGAACAUCGCCCCCGCCGGCAUUCGAGCCCAUGUCGCGACCCUGGUCGAGAAGAAAGAUCUAGGUAAAGUCUAUGGAGUUGUGGCCGCCUGCGAGUCGGUGGCUCCGCUUGUCGGCAGUGUUUUCAGAAAGUUCGUCGGCCACGGACUAGGCCAGCUUCCGUUCCUUGUGCUCACUGGAGGCUUUGUCAUAUUUUUGGGCGUAAGCCACUUCAAAGACAGACGCUCGGAUCGAGCUCAGCUGGCCGCAUAGAUGCGACCCCCCCCCCCGAAUAAGAGCCCCGAUUGUUCUCAUGAUAAUUAAGUCAGGAGCUUUACUCACUCCGCUUCUUCGGAGAGGAGCCCUUAUUUAUGGUGAAGGAUCGACGCCGAUCGCAGCGAGUCGACACUUCCUGAAAAGAGACAUUGUACAUAGAGUGGAUCUCAUCCGAUCGUUGUCAUAGUGUGGACCCGUGACGAUAUGACUACUGUUCGAUCCAACCCCGAUUGAAUUCAAUUGGAAUACCUUAAGAUGCCAGAGGUCCGGUGUCAGAAUAUGAAAUGUACAUGUGGCUCGUUGAUAAAGCCUGGUCUGUUU